AUGCUACUUGUACUGGUCCAACUGGUCGUACUAAGUGUCAUCAUAUGGUAUCUCUGCUUCUUCAUGGACACAAGAAUAUAUCUGUUACAGACGUUUCGUGUAGUUAAAAGUACAAAAGAUAGUGAAGAUAUUCAGACUAUUGAUGAAAUGUAUCCAAAUGAUUUUAAAGCUAUAAAAGAUACUUCAGGUGUAGAUUUUUCGGGUAUACGCUAUAACAAGUUGGUCAGUAUGGAAAAAAAUGUUGAGUUUACUUGGUUACUAAGCCCAGAACCCAAAUAUAUUGAUUUUAGUGAUAUUUUGAAGUUGGACCAUUUCAUACAUUAUGAAGAAUUUAGAGUUAACAUUUUGCAUUAUGCUAUUCUCUGUCAUUUUUUUACACUACCACAUCACUCUUUGUUGAUAUUAUGUGUGAGGAUUAAUUAA